UAGAAACCCUUCACUUUCUCUUCUUCCGGUGUUGAGCUUUCAUAAAACCAUCAAAAUAAUCCAUUCUUUUUCCCAAAUUACAUUCAAAAUAUUUGAUUUAAAAGUUAGGAAAAUGCCGUCAGAAGAUUCAAAACCGGUGAAGAAAGAGGAAGUUCAAGUUGAAGAUGAAGAUGAAGAACAGAGCAUAGCAUCAGCUUUUGGAAACCGAAAGAAGAAAUCAGCCAAUAACAGCAAUGCCACACCAAAAUCCCAGAAUAAAGUCAAGAAAGAAGAAAAGAAACUGAAAAAAGAACAAGAUAAUGACGAAUUUGAGGAGCCCACCUCGAAAAAGACGUCCAGGAACUGUGACAGCAAGGGACAGCAAAAGAAGAAGAAAAAUGAAGGGGAGGAGAAGGAAAGAGGGGCUAAAGCAAGUGACAAAGAUGCUAAGAAAAGGGAAAGGAAAGUGUAUGAUUUGCCUGGUCAAAAGAGGGAUUCUCCGGAGGAAAGAGACCCAUUGAGAAUUUUCUACGAGACUCUGUACAAUCAAGUGCCCUCUAGUGAGAUGGCCGCAAUUUGGUGAGGAAUUAUUCUUUUGAAACAUGUUUAUAACUUUCAUUAGUCCCAAUUCGAUGUUGAUGCUGUAUCAAACUAGGGCCUUCAUUUCCUUAAAUUGUUAAUUUCCUCGGAAAAUAGAAUUUCUAUAUCUGGUUGAUGCCAAAAGAAAUUUACUACGGAUUGUUCCAUUAUUUCUACUUCUGGGCACUUGUUUUCUUCUGGGUUUUAUAUAUUUGUUGUGUUAUAUACACAAAGGCAGACAAGUUUAACUUUUUCUGUUUACCUAAAUACUACAAUUGAGCUAUGAAAGUUCAACAAUUUCUGUUUACCCGAUUAUAUUAACUCUUUGUUUAUGUAGCUGGAAGCUUGAGUUUUUAGGUUCUUUAUUUUUUAACCAUGCAUCAGUUACCUCAUAGAUACUACACUUAAGAUUCAAUUGCCAAGCCAAUCCCGAUGUUGCACAUUAAGCUUGUUAACCUGUGAAUGUUUCUUAGAAAUUCUAUUGUCAUGAUCACUGAUAUGGCCUUAAUUUAAAUUUGCAUAUUUCUUAAUAUUAUGUCUGAACCAAAAAUGUAAGAACGACUAUGAUUUCUUUGGCGAUAUCUGUGAUCUUUGUCUCACUUCCAGGUAUCGAAGUACCGAGACUGAUCCUUGUUUAUGUAUCAUCAAUAUAAAAAUGGAUAUUUGCAUUGGAUAUUGUUUAACUUGAUGGGUAAUGAUGAGCUUACUAUUUAUGCAACUUAAGUUGCUAUUUGUUCAUAAAACUGGUGAUUUUUAAAAUUCAGUCAGAAGUUUUCACCUCAUAUAUUAUAAAUGAAGAUUCCUUUUUUAUUCUGAUUUUUUAAUCUGAACAUAGAGAAUGUAAAUACCUUGUUCUUUCAACUUAGAUUACAUUGAUAGACUGUUGUUAUUUAAAAACCACCACUUAUAUGAACCUCAUAUAUUAUAAAUGAAGAUUCCUUUUUUAUUCUUAUUUUUUAAUCUGAACAUAGAGAAUGUAAAUACCUUGGUCUUUCAACUUAGAUUACAUUGAUAGACUGUUGUUAUUUAUAUACUUUAAAGAUGCAUCGGCUGAAUUACUUAAGCUGCCUAUCAUGUGGAUAGCUGUAGACUGUAUUCUUUUGCAAUCAACAAUUCUUGUUCACAGAAGCAAGCGGUCCAGAAUCCAGAAUGCUAUUUAUGUGAGUGUAUGAAUAUAUAUGAUAUUUUUGUUAAGUGCACGAAUUUAUUUUACAUAUGCACUAACCUGUUUUAAGUUGAUUGAAAACAGGAGAAAGAAUGCAGGAAUUUUUCAAAAAGUUGGGCGAAUAUUUGUAUACAUCUCUUAAUGGUUUUGUCAACUCUUAAAGGGUUUUCAAUUACUUUUUUGUUCUUGGUUUCAAUAAUCACUUUCAGUUUGCGAUACAUAUAAUAAUACUUUACUGAAAAGUCAGCCUGACUAUUAGCAUUUCCCAUUUCCCAAAAAAAAUAAAAAAAAU